AGAUGCGGCAGCGACUCUCCCGGCUUAUUGCUCUGCGGGCCUCCCUGCGGCCGCUUCCCUUAGCGCGCCGGCUUUUCCUGAGACAGCAGCAGCACCUCUUCCUUUCAGGGAUUCCACAAGAAAUAUACUACAAAAUGAAUGAUCUUGCUAUCAAAAGAAUAACAAAUGUAAUUAUCAAAUCACCUGAAGAUAAACGAGAAUAUCGUGGAUUAGAACUGGCAAAUGGCAUCAAAGCAGUGCUUAUCAGUGAUCCCACUACAGACAAAUCUUCAGCUACACUUGAUGUACACAUAGGAUCAUUAUCUGAUCCCAUUAAUAUUCCUGGAUUAAGCCAUUUUUGUGAACAUAUGCUAUUUUUGGGAACUAAAAAAUUCCCAAAAGAAAAUGAGUACAGCCAAUUUCUCAGUGAACAUGGAGGGAGUUCAAAUGCUUUUACCAGUGGAGAACACACCAACUACUAUUUUGAUGUCUCACACGAACACUUAGAAGGUGCUCUUGACAGGUUUGCCCAAUUUUUCUUGUGCCCUCUCUUUGAUGAAAGCUGCAAAGAUAGAGAAGUGAAUGCUGUUGAUUCUGAGCAUGAGAAGAAUUUAAUGAACGAUUCAUGGAGACUAUUUCAACUAGAAAAGGCUACUGGAAAUCCUAAUCAUCCAUUUAGCAAAUUUGGGACAGGGAACAAGUACACUUUGGAAACUAGACCAAACCAAGAAGGAAUAGAUGUAAGGCAAGAGCUUUUGAAGUUUCACUCCACUUACUAUUCAUCAAAUUUAAUGGCUGUUUGUGUUUUAGGACGGGAAUCUUUAGAUGAGCUAACCAAUCUGGUGGUGAAGUUAUUUUUUGAAGUAAAGAAUAAAAAUGUUCCAAUACCGGAAUUCCCUGAGCAUCCCUUCCAGGAAGAACAUCUCCGACAACUUUACAAAGUGGUACCUAUUAAAGAUUUUAGAAAUCUAUAUGUCACAUUUCCAAUACCAGAUCUUCAGAAGUACUACAAAUCAAACCCUGGCCACUAUCUUGGUCACCUUAUUGGGCAUGAAGGUCCAGGAAGUCUUUUAUCAGAACUGAAAGCUAAAGGCUGGGUAAGCACCCUGGUUGGUGGACAAAAAGAAGGCGCUCGAGGCUUCAUGUUUUUUAUCAUUAAUGUUGAUCUUACGGAAGAAGGACUGUUACAUGUGGAGGAUAUUAUUUUGCAUAUGUUUCAAUAUAUUCAAAAGCUACGCACAGAAGGACCUCAAGAAUGGGUUUUUCAGGAAUGUAAGGAUCUAAAUGCUGUAGCAUUCAGAUUUAAAGACAAAGAAAGACCAAGAGGUUAUACAUCAAAACUUGCAGGGAUGCUUCAUUACUAUCCUAUUGAAGAGGUUCUUGCUGCUGAAUAUUUACUUGAAGAAUUUAGGCCAGAUUUAAUAGAAAUGGUAUUGGACAAACUGAAACCUGAAAAUGUCCGGGUUGCAAUUGUCUCUAAGACAUUUGAAGGAAAAACUGAUAAAAAAGAACGGUGGUAUGGAACCCAGUACAAGCAAGAAAAUAUUUCUGAUGAAGUCAUUAAGAAAUGGCAAAAUGCUGACCUUAAUGGGAAAUUCAAGCUUCCAAUGAAAAAUGAAUUUAUUCCUACUAACUUUGAAAUUGUAUCUUUGGAGAAGGAUACACCACAGUACCCAACUCUAAUUAAGGAUACUGCUAUGUGCAAACUGUGGUUCAAGCAAGAUGACAAAUUUUUCCUUCCUAAAGCUUGUCUCAACUUUGAAUUUUUCAGCCCAUUUGCUUACGUGGAUCCCUUACAUUGUAACAUGGCCUAUUUGUACCUUGAACUACUCAAAGACUCCCUCAACGAGUAUGCAUAUGCAGCAGAACUAGCUGACUUGAACUAUGCUCUCCAAAAUACCAUCUAUGGGAUGUAUCUUUCUGUAAAAGGUUAUAAUGACAAGCAACAUAUUCUGCUGAAGAAGAUUAUUGAGAAAAUGGCUACCUUCGAGAUUGAUGAAAAGCGAUUCGAAAUUAUCAAGGAGGCGUAUAUGCGAUCACUCAACAACUUUCGAGCUGAACAGCCACAUGAGCAUGCAAUGUAUUACCUUCAGCUCUUAAUGACAGAAGUUGCCUGGACCAAAAAUGAAUUAAAAGAAGCUUUAGAUGAUGUCACUCUUCCUCGCCUCAAGGCCUUUAUUUCACAACUGUUGUCACGGUUACAUAUUGAAGCACUUCUCCAUGGCAAUAUAACAAAACAGGCUGCAUUAGGAAUUAUGCAAAUGGUUGAAGAUACACUCAUUGAGCAUGCUCAUACAAAACCUCUGCUUCCCAGCCAGUUAGUAAGAUAUAGGGAAGUACAGCUGCCUGAUAGAGGAUGGUUCGUCUAUCAACAGAGGAAUGAAGUUCAUAAUAAUUGUGGGAUAGAAGUAUAUUAUCAAACAGAUAUGCAAAGCACUUCGGAGAAUAUGUUUUUGGAGCUCUUCUGUCAGAUUAUCUCAGAGCCUUGCUUUAAUACUCUGCGCACUAAGGAACAAUUAGGUUACAUUGUGUUCAGUGGUCCACGGAGGGCGAAUGGUGUUCAAGGUCUGCGGUUCAUCAUCCAAUCAGAAAAGCCCCCACACUACUUAGAGAGCAGAGUGGAAGCCUUUUUAAAAACUAUGGAGAAAUCUGUAGAAGAUAUGUCCGAAGAAGCUUUCCACAAACAUAUCCAAGCUUUAGCAAUUCGCCGCCUUGACAAACCAAAGAAACUAUCUGCUGAGUGUGCAAAAUAUUGGGAUGAAAUCAUUUCCCAGCAAUAUAACUUCGAUAGAGAUAACAUUGAAGUGGGAUAUCUCAAAACUCUUACUAAGGAUGAUAUAGUGCAGUUUUAUAAGGAAAUGUUGGCAGUAGAUGCCCAAAGAAGGCACAAAAUAUCGGUCCAUGUACUAGCAAGGGAAAUGAAUUCCUGUCCUGUUGUAGGAGAGUUUCCAAGCCAAAAUGAUAUAAGUCUAACACCAGCACCACCACUGCCACAGCCAAUUGUGAUUGAAAACAUGACUGAGUUCAAACGCAGCCUACCACUUUUUCCUCUGGUGAAACCUCAUAUCAAUUUCAUGGCCGCAAAACUGUGAAGAAUCUUGCUGGAUGAAGAACUGGAAGGGGAUUAAUAUGCCUUCGGUGGCUUUUCAUAAUGAACAAAGAUCUUAAUCUUUAGGACAAGUGAUCCAGGAUUCCUGAUUCCUUCUAGGUUCAUCCAGCAUCAGUGCUGCAAUAGGGAUACAGCAAGUUAAGCAAGUAUGCUGUAGUCAUGUGUUAUGUUUGUCAUAGAGCCACUACCAGAAACUAAAAUUAAGUGGUAUAUAUGAAGAUCUGUGUAGGUAAAUGGUAUAUUUUAAAAUAAUGUGGCCCUUUAAUAGUUUAGUUUGCAUGGAUUGUGAAGAAGUUUCCAUACCAGUCUGAUCUUUGCUUGCAAAUCAUUGCUUUUUUUUUUAAGAUCAACUGUUUUGGAAGCAUAUUUUAUUGGACAAGAAAGAAAAUAUUAUUAAAAGGCCAUAUUGAUGUUUUUAAAGGAAGCAUGGAGUGAUAACUUUUUUUUUAAAAAAAAUAGAUUCUUGGAAGCAGCCAUUUAGGUUCUAUGUAAAAAUCAGUGGAAAGGGGAGGAAAAAAAUUAACAAAUAUCUUUAAAGAGUUAUUGGAAAAGUCAAAAUAGUUUUAAUCUUUAUACCUGUUUGAGGACAUUUUAUAUACAGACUAAUAAAAUGCUGGAAACA